AAAGUAUCUAUGUGAUAUAGCUUCUUUUAAUAUUAGAUUUACCUUGAAUAUUUAAACUUACCUCUGGCUAGCUAUAUCAGCAAUCAGUAGCUGUCAGUAACAUCAACCUUUUAACCUUCUCUAUCUGUCACGUUUUUUGGCGCGUUUGUGGAGCCCGCGUGUAAAAUACACGUAAACAAAAACCCGUUUUUAAUUUAUACAGUGGACUCUCUAUAACUCGAACAGCCACGGAGAAUCGGAAAUCGUUCGAAUUUUAGAGAGGUUUGGGUAAUAGAGAGUUAGGAGUUUUGUACGAAUUUUGUAUAAAUGGCCAAUUAAGCGUGAAUUUUCUCCCUUAUAUGGAAUGCGAACGAAAUCGUUCUUUGUACAGGAUAAAAAUCUCGACCUUGUAGGCUAAGAACGGACUGAAAAAAUAAAAAAAUUCAUGUUGACAAUGUACUGCUAGGUACACCGAAUCGGGCAGCAACAUUUUUUGGAGCAGUUCCUUUCUCCACCUCCUUUAAGGCUUUGUAUUUUAUUUUACAGGCCUUGUUUUCUGCUUUACGUUGUGUCCCAGCAACAGACGCCAUGAUUGUAAAACUUCAAUACCAAAGAAAUACGGUAAAUACGAAGAUGGUCAAUCUCGGCGGUACGGCAAAAAAGCCUAACUAACUUCGUACAGUGAAUGACAUCGUACGGAACAUUUUUUCUUAAGUUGUUAUUUGUUGUAAGUUUCGCUUUUACAAUACAAUGUGCCUUAUCAAGAGAAUUGUAAAUCAAGCUUUUCUGACCUUUCAGCAGAACGAAAAAUCCUACAAUUUUACUUCAGAUCUAGAAAAAUUACUUGCACUGGUAAAGUCUGUGACUCCAUAUGAUGUUUGUUUAAAAGUUCCCAAAGAUGAUUUGAACAGGAGACCAUUUUACCAAGCCCCAGCAUCACAUAUUGGUAUUUAUGAAGGGUCCAAUAUGACAAUAUGCAUGUUUAUCAUUCGAAAAGGAGAAUCUAUUCCAUUGCAUGAUCAUCCUGAAAUGAUUGGCAUAUGGUAUGUACACCUAAAAUACUGUUUUUUUAAGUAAAAAUGGGGUUUAAUAAUUUUUUAUCCACAGAUUUCAUUAUUAUUAUUUAGUAAAAGUCUGAAAUCCCAAAGGAUAAGACUAGAAAUAAGACUAGAAUAACUUAAGGGAUUUAAUAUUACGUGCUGAUCCUUACAAUAUCAAGUCCGAUUUAUCAGACCACAAUGGUUAUGUGAAAUGUAAAAAUCAAAAAUGUGACUUCUGCAAGAAUUAAGUAAUUGAAACCACUUUUAUAGUAUCAAAAGCAACUGGCAGGAAAUUUAAAAUUCGUCAAGAAAGCAGUUGCAGUUCAAAGAAUGUUAUAUAUACAUUGCUUUUUGUAAAUUAUGUGGCAAGCAAGGUGUUGCUUGGAAGCCUCACCUUUCGAAUUACAAAUCCCACAUUAAAAAGAAUAUACCAUCUUGCAAAGUUGUGAAACAUUUUAUUGAUGAAUGUCCUGAUGCCUCCGUGCAAAAUAUUGGUUUUAUUAUAUAGUUAAUGUUGUGAACAAUGUAGAGAAUUUAACAAACAGGCAAAUUGAUAGUUUGCUAUUAUAUAAAGAAAAAUUCUACAAAAGUAAACAUGCAAAGCUGUUAUGAAGUCUACAAUUGUUAUACAUUACACCUUUUCCAGCUACAAAAGUGACCAGCUGGCUGGCUAUUUGAUCACAAGAUUUUUUUGAAUUUGACACAAAGCUUUUUCAAUUUGUUGAAAGUGAAACUAUAAACAUGUUCACACUUGCUAGCACAGCAAUAGAAAGCUCUAAGAUCAAUGGAAUUAAAAGUAAACAGAUGUACCUAAAUACGUAUUCAUCAAGUUAAUGCUAUGAAUUUUGUUAACUCAAAGCCUGCUUUUCUUCCACCUGCUUUUGUUCUGCAAUCACAGGCGACACAGAGAAUAAAUGUUUUCCAGUAAUGUUUCUUCUUAGCAGCAUUGCGCAACUUUAUUCCACAGUCAUUUUUCAAACCUUCCAUUUUGCUUGCUCGAACUCACUACAAAACGAUUCUUUAGCCUUUAGACAUGUUGAAUCCGCGCCUAUCAAACUGACCGGCUACCGCGAGCAAUAACAAUAGGUAGAGUAAAGUAUUCCUACGCACCCAUCCCCUAAUAGCAAUCUUUCUUUUACCGUGGAUUUCGACGAGUUCGGCGAUAUUUUUUUGUCGUCACAUCUUCUUUUGUUUUACAAGAGUCCAAAAGUCCACACUUCGGCGAGAUUCUUCUUGACAUCAUUAUUCUUAUGUUUCGCAGUCGACUGUUUUACGGCAGAAAACAAGGAAUCGAGCAACAAUCAGCGAAAUGCGGCAAAUGUAGUUCGACUACCGUGGAAACCAUAGUACUUUGGCAAAGCACACCAAAGGAGAGUUAAACCUGGGCGCAAAGGAACCUUAUUAAAUGCCUAUAAUAAAAUUAUGCGUUGCUUUAAACCAUUUACUAGUUUUAGAUACACACAAUCUUCUCAUUGGCAAUUGGAAAUUUCUACCUAGGCAAUCAUACCUCACUUUAACAUUGAAUUCUUUAGGAUCAAUUUUAUGAGCAUUUCACAUAGCUGCAUUUUUGAAUGAUACCCAAAAAUUGUUCAAUCAGGCUAUAUACUUGUGCAAAAUUUUGGAAAUCUGGGAAUACUUUUAUUGGCAGGGCCCUUAAUGGAGAAUGAUUGGGGGUAUAAAUAUAGUUAGGCUUCUGAUUAUUAGGUAUUCUAUUUAUAUUAGGCGUACAUCCAUGAUGUCAAGAGGGGGCUUCUUUGUAAGGAAAGAACUGCAUAUGAAUUUUUUCACAUAAAACUGCUCUAUCAGGUGGUUCUUUUUCUACAGCUAUGUUCACUAGUUUAUAAAAAUAAUAUCUAUUUUGUUUUUCUCCCGCAUCUGCAUAUAUUUAGCACAAUUACUAAAAAUUAGAUUUAACUAAAUGUCGAUGUAAAGUGAUUAAGUAUACAUUUGACCUAGAGUGAUUAAUGGUAUAAAUAAGGUCAGGCUUCUAUUUUCAGAACUUCUUUUUAUCUUUUACACAUAUCCCUGGUGGGAUAUGGGGUUUCUUUUACAAGGGGUUUCUUUUACAAUGAAAGAAACAACAUUACUUGGUUGGGUGCUUGAUACAUAGUGUGUUGGAGUUUUUGUAUGGUCCAGCUUUCGAUUUUCAUUAAUUUUACUUUAGGGUUUCUCUAAAAGAAAGGGUGUGCAUAUUCCACAUUUGAUCAUGCUUGCAUUACAUACGUGAUAAGCUUCCUCUAUUGGCAACAUCCAUGGUGGUAAAGGCGGUGUUUACAGUACAGUUUGAAUGUAAUCUACCGCGUACACGCUAAUAUCACACCUUUGCCGUGGAGGACGGCAGUCGUUUGUCUUUUGUUAUAAUUAAAUCCCUUGAGCGUUUUGCGAGCUUAUAUUUGCGUGUUAAAAAACAAUGUGCUAGCGAAGAAAUAUCGGAGCAAUUAUAUUUCUUCUAAUAGCAGAUGCAUUGUGUAAAUGUAUUGAUAAGCUAUUCCCUUAUGUAUUAGCGAAGAUUUCGCGAAGUUUUAUAAUACAUUGCACGAAAAUGUAUUGUUGAUUUAAUUACUUAAAAAGAUUCCAGCAAAACAUAGGAGAAGCAUUGUGCACAACUAUUAAAUGCCGCUUUUCGUUUUUAAACUUUUAAAAGGCAAUCUAAAAAACAUUUCUAUCGCCGCUUUUCGUUUUUAAACUUUUAAAAAGCGAUCUAAAAAAACAAUUCUAUCGCCGCUUUUCGUUUUUAAACUUUUAAAAUGCAAUCUAAAAAAACAUUUCUAUGGCUGCUUUUCGUUUUUAAACUUUUAAAAUGCAAUCUAAAAAACAUUUCUAUCACCGCUUUUCAUUUAUAAACUUUUAAAAUGCGAUCUAAAAAAACGCUUAAUUACUGCAAUUAAAAAGUGUUUGCGCAAAAUAGCUUGCUAAAAUUGAUCUAGCAACCUAUUGUGAUUAAACAAUCGAUCGCAUGGGGUCAUUGUUCAUCAGCGAGGCAAUUAUUUUCUUAAAAAAACAAAAGCUAUCGCAAUGUUAUUGUUCUGUGUGACUAUUCAUGCGAGUUUCGCGUCCGCGGUAGAUUACAUUCAGACUGUACUGUAGUCAAUACUAUAAGGGAAUGCACAUUUCACAUUUAAUCUUGCUUGCUUUUAAAUUUACUUCUUUUUAACUGCUAGAAUGUGGGUUUGAGGUGACCAAUCUGUUUGGCAUGCCUCAGUGGUGUUACUAAAUUAUGGGACACAAUUCAAUUGUGUAGCAUUUCCAUGAUGCUGUCGUAGUUAUGUUCAGACAUUAUGGGUGUCAUUGUUAACAAUGUACCUGUAAGGAAGUUGUGCAUAUUUUUAGGACAGUGUUCUAUUUGUGCCCUGAUUGAUAUUUGUGAAAACUGUUAUCUUGUUAUAUUGUAAACACAAGCAAUGUUAUGUGGUAGGUCUUUAAAUUUGGGGAAAUUUGGGGAUGCUGGGCUGCCUUGGUCAGCCUUCGUUUUGUGGUGUGUGCGUACUCAUGAGAUAAGGGCAAUUUCACACGAGUAGUUUUAAAAAAGAGAGAAAGGAAAUAAGUAUAUACAAGUUGUAAAAAAGAAAGAAAGGAACCAACAAGAAGUUGUAAAAAGAGAGAAAUGAAACAAUGAGAAGUUGUAAAAAAAGAGAGAAAGGAAAAAACAAAAAGUUGUAAAAAAGAGAGAUAAAGGAAACAACAAAAGUUGUAAUAAAAAAGAGAGAAAAGAAACAACAAAAAGUUAGAAACAACGAAUGAACUGUUGUAAAAAAGAGAGUGAAAAGAAAACAACGAAUAAACUUUUGUAAAAAAAUUGCGAGAAGGAAAAAAAUUGUUGUUGAAAACAAAUAUGCUUUAUGAGAUUAGGAUAGGUGUCACGGAGAGUGUUAAUAAAUUGGGUACACGCGCACGAGAGUUUUGUGUAUUUUUGCUUGCCCAGCAUCCUCACCCCUUUUCGCCAAAUAUCCCUUUAUAUUAACAUCACGAAGUCAUUAAAUGAAAUACAUUUGUUUUACUAAUACUGUGUUUUUUCUGGAAACAUUAGCAAUUAAAUAAUGUUGUGAACAAUGUAGAGAAUUUGACAAACAGGCAAAUUGAUAGUUUGCUAUUAAAUAAAGAAAAAUUCUGGGUAGGGACACUCGUCACACAACAUCGGGGACUUAAUGGUGAAGGGGAGGGGGCUGAUUCGCUCCUCCUCAGCAUGGAGGAGCCUCUAAAUAGUCCAUAAUGGCCUACAUAUUU